UAACAACACUAUUAGCUAAGGCAGCGUUGGUAAAUUUUUUCCUGCCGCUAUAAUUUUUACACAAAAAUCAUCGGUGAAACUUUUUUUGAAAAUACAAACAUUUCCGAUUUAUUAUUAUGAGUGAAACUGAAUCCAUUGUUGAAGACACCGAGUACAUAGCCGUUGAUGCUGCUGACUAUGUGGUUUUGGCCGAAGGCGAAGAAUUGGAACAGUGUGAUGAUGGUAGUGUUAUUUUUCUGGCCGAUGGCCAAGAGUUGAUAGAAACAAGUGAGGUGGUUGAGGAACAAAACAAUGAUGAUGAUGAUGCUACCAUGAUGAUAACAGAGGAUGGUCAGAUGAUGAUGGUGGAGGAGGUGCAUGAGAUUAUGGAUGAGGAAAGUGGCGAACAGCUGGAAGUGUAUCAGCACGAAGAGGUGAUAGAAGAACCGCCUACACCGCAACAGUUGUGGGCAGAAUUGGAAAAGAAAAGAAAGAGACUUAAUUUGCCACGAGUACCGCGUAAGUUUAUGCUGUUUGAUGGUAUUUGUGCGGAGAUUGUAGACUACGAUGAUGAGGACAGUUCUCCCAUAGUAGAAUUUUCCAUGGUUGCCGAUGAUCGUGAGGCGGAACGUUUGCCAGUGGAAUGUGGCGUUUGCCCAGACAUUAUGCACAAAUCUAAGCUGGAGGCUCAUUUAAAGACCCACCUCAAGCCGGGCACUAAGCGCUACAAGUGUAUUUACUGCGAAGAUGAUUUUGUUACACGGGCCUAUGCUGCCGGUCAUGCUAGAAGGCAUAUGGGUAUUAGGCCAUAUGUUUGUGUACCUUGUAAAAUGUACUAUUGCACUAAACAGGAUCUUAAAGUGCAUGAACAGCGUCGACACUUAGCUAAGGAGCAUAUUUGCGAACAGUGUGGCAAAACAUUUGCCCAAAAUACAUCCUUACGGCAUCAUCGUUUACUUGUGCACGAACAGCAGCGUAACUAUGAGUGUGAACAUUGUGGUAAAAAGUUUCUGCGCAAAUAUGCCAUGACCGAACAUGUACGCAACGUGCAUUAUGGUGAUAGGAGGCUGCUCGAUUGUCCCUUCUGUGAUUUACGCUUUAAGGAUACACAUAAGUUGGCACAACAUCGCAAGGAUAUGCAUUUGAAUCAGGGCAAAUUUGAAUGUCGUGUUUGUGGUUUGGAAUUUAAUCACAUUGAUUUCUUUGAUGCCCAUCGUCGUUCUUUACAAUGUCGUAAAAAACUGGGACGUCAUUUGUUCCAACAGAAACAGGAUAAUUAUGAUGAAAUGGAUUUACAGCAACAACAACAAGAUGAUCAAACAAUACUGCCCGAUCAAUUGCAUCAAUACCACUAUGAAGAACAAUUGGAUAAUGGGCAAUUGUAUCAACACAAUCAGCAGCAGCAUGAGGAGGAGGUGGAGGACGAAAAUAGUCAACAACAGCUAGAUCAACAGAAUCAGCAAUUCAAACAAGAGCAAUUAGAACAGCAAGAAGUUGUGGUCGAAGAGAUCACUCAUGAUAUGCACGAUGAAAUAGUUAAUGAACAUGAAAUAGAAGACCUUGAGGAUCAAGAAAAUAUUGAGGUUGAUGAACACGAAAAGGUUAAGGCGGAACAACAGCUUUUAUAUGAAAUUGCUGCCAUGGAUAAUGCCUAAAAGCUUUUCAAUUCAAUAGUAAUAGGUUUAAAAUGUCUUGGCAUAUGUCUUUAUAAAAAUAAGUAAAUGUUUUAGAUAUAGAAGUAAUAGAAAGAAAAAAUAAUGUUAAAUAUUUGUAAUAAAUAUAAAGUAAAUAUAUUUUUUGAGUUGAAAAUGUAGAAAAAAUUAAU